AUGGCCGAUGAAAACCAACCAGCGUGGGAGGUCGAGGAGCCGACCGACAGCCCGCCGGCACCAGCAAUCGUCUUAGAAGCGUGCUGCGACAGCCGCGAGAGCGUGCGCAACGCCGUCAGAGGUGGCGCCUUGCGCGUGGAAAUCUGCGCGCGCGCGUCGCUGCAUUGCGGCGGUCUGACGCCCUCACCGGCGCUCGUCCGGGCGGCGCUCGAGGAGGCCGCGGACGUUGUGGCCUUGGUGCGCAUUCGGAGCGGCGAUUUCGUAUAUACGGAGGAGGAGCUGCGGGACAUGGUGAGCGAGGUGCGAGAAUUGAGGAGUGUGGGCUGCCGCGGGUUCGCGCUGGGUUGCCUCGGGGCCGACGGUAGUAUUGACGAGGCCGCAACGGCGACGCUGAUCGACGCAGCGGGCAAGGACGCCGUUAUAUGCUUCCACCGCGCGUCGGACGAGGUCCUAAGAAGAGCGAAGGACCUGCGAGCCGUCGACCGCGUCGCGAGUGCGUUAGAACGCCUCGGCUGCGCGCGCGUCCUGUCGUCCGGCGGCGCGGCGACGGCGCGCGGCGGGCGCAGCACGCUCUGGGCCCUCCAGAAGGCUUGUGGGAGGCGGCGCAUCGCGGUCGUCGUCGCGGGUGGUGUCUCCGAGGCGAACGCGGGCCUGCUCGUGAGGGACACGGGCUGCACGCAGCUCCACGCGGCGACGGCCAUUACGCAUGAAGUGGCCCGCGCCGCGCCGACGUCGCUCUUCUUCUCCACCGAACGCGUCGUCGACGCCGAUCGCGUCGCUUCACUCAAUGCCGCGCUCGCCGCCGCCGCCGCGCUGAACGAGGCGCAGGCGACGACGGCGCGCGUCGUGGGCGACGCCAGCGCGCCCGUAGAGCGGUGGUGGUGGCAGGGGAUUUUUUAA